UAAUCUUAUAGCAAAUGGCACAUGUCACGUUGCCUCUUACCCCCCCCGUACAGCCUUUGAUUGGUAACGGUUCAGGAGAGACUGCCAUUUUACACCGUGACUGCUAGCUGAAUCUCUAGUGACAGACCACAAGUUAUUUACCCAUGUAGCGGCCAGCUUGUUUCCAACAGUGCGGCAUGACUGACGCGGUGUCGUGAGCCAACAGACACACACGACACGUCGUCUCAAGCCGCGUCAAAGUUAAAGUGGCGUAAACAAGCGGCAGUACGGUAGUGGCGUCCCGGCCGUCAUGCACAGACUACUUUUUGGGGCUGAGCGAAACUUUUAGGACGUGAAUGUGCUUCUGAAAGGACGUUUUGAUACGAGUUGACGUGCGUCGCACAGGUGGCGUUAAGCUGUGACGUAACUCGCGUAGUGCACAGCCCUGGAUGGAUAGCCUGGACCCUGAAACCCUGUAUGUCUCUCCAGAGCAGACUGGGCAGACCACCCUACCGCUCUGCACCUCGGAGGUCUCCAACUUGGCCCUAGUGGGUGGGAAGAAGAUGAAUGGGUCUCUGGACCACCCGGACCAACCAGAUGUUGAUGCCAUUAAGAUGUUUGUGGGACAGAUUCCGCGGUCCUGGUCCGAGGAGCAGCUUCGUGAGCUGUUUGAGCCUUAUGGAGCAGUCUAUGAGAUAAAUGUCCUCCGAGACCGCAGUCAGAAUCCACCACAGAGCAAAGGCUGCUGUUUUAUAACGUACUAUACUCGCAAAUCUGCAUUGGAAGCCCAGAAUGCGCUGCACAACAUGAAGAUUCUGCCAGGGAUGCACCAUCCAAUCCAGAUGAAGCCAGCUGACAGUGAGAAAAACAAUGCAGUGGAGGACAGGAAGCUGUUCAUUGGAAUGAUCUCCAAGAAGUGUAACGAGAAUGACAUCCGAAUGAUGUUCUCACCAUACGGACAGAUAGAGGAGUGCCGGAUCCUUCGAGGCCCUGAUGGACUCAGUCGUGGUUGUGCAUUUGUGACAUUCACAGCUCGACAAAUGGCCCAGUCAGCCAUCAAAUCCAUGCACCAGUCCCAAACCAUGGAGGGCUGUUCCUCGCCGAUUGUGGUGAAGUUUGCAGACACUCAGAAGGACAAGGAGCAGAAGCGUAUGGCCCAACAGCUGCAGCAGCAGAUGCAGCAGCUCAGUGCUGCUUCCAUGUGGGGGAAUCUCACUGGGCUGAACAGCCUGGGGCCGCAGUAUCUAGCACUCUACUUACAGUUGCUGCAGCAGUCGGCCUCAACAGGGAAUGCACUGAGCAACCUGCACCCUGUUUCAGGUCUUAAUGCCAUGCAGAACCUGGCUGCUUUAGCAGCGGCAGCAACUGCCACACAGGCCACGCCCACAGGCUCCAGCGCCAUGACAACAUCUAGUAGCCCACUCAGUGCACUAACAAGCUCAGGCUCCUCCCCCAACUCCAGCAGCAACUCCUCAGUGAACCCCAUGGCUUCUUUGGGGGCCCUGCAGUCUCUGGCUGCGAGUGCUGGAGCUGGCCUCAACAUGGGCUCCCUGGCAGGCAUGGCAGCACUGAAUGGCAGCCUUGGCUCCGGAGGCCUGUCCAAUGGAUCAGGAAACACCAUGGAGGCACUGAGCCAGGCCUACUCGGGCAUCCAGCAGUAUGCUGCUGCUGCCCUCCCCAGCCUGUACAACCAGAGCCUGCUGUCUCAGCAGAGCGUCUCAGCCGCAGGCAGCCAAAAGGAAGGUCCAGAAGGUGCCAACCUGUUCAUUUACCACCUGCCCCAGGAGUUUGGAGACCAGGACCUGCUCCAAAUGUUUAUGCCCUUUGGGAAUGUCAUCUCUGCUAAAGUCUUCAUUGACAAACAGACAAACCUCAGCAAGUGUUUUGGCUUUGUGAGCUAUGACAACCCCGUGUCAUCACAGGCAGCCAUCCAGUCAAUGAAUGGGUUCCAAAUCGGUAUGAAGAGGCUGAAGGUGCAGCUGAAGCGCUCAAAGAAUGACAGCAAGCCUUACUGAAGGUGCUGAGGCAGACUUGGUUAGGCAGGGUGGUGUUAUGGUAAGUUGAGUAUGAAUAACCCAGACCGGUCCACUCAGAAACCUAUCUAUGCAUUACAGGGUGAUGUCUGCUGUGCCUCUUCUGGUCAUUACACCGUUUCCAGGCAACAAUUCACAUGAAGCUACGUGCAAGAGUGUUCAGGCUGGACUGGGUUCUUCCCGUGUUAUGUUGUGGUUCAUGCACUUUGUUUUCCUUUUGAAACGAUGAGAGAAACAGGUGUAUUUUCAUUUUAAGUUGAAAUGUUAUCAGUUUGCUGUGUACUGUGUGCUGUGUACAUAAUACACAAAUGAGUUGAUUGUUAGUAGAUGUUGCACAUUUACAGUCAGGUCAGAUAGGUGCCAAAUCGAUCUGUUUCUACUUCCUGUUCCCCUCCCCCCCUUCCACCCAGACGCAGCAUAGCGCUCCUGAAAUAAGGCAGCAGAUAGAGCCACGUUUGGUUAGUAAACCGGAAUUAUGAACAGGUUUUCUUUUAUGUUAUCACAAAGUCGGUGGGUUUCCCUUACAUUUGUAGUCAAUACUUGUAUUAUCCUUUGAAACCGGUAUUGUAUGUGAUAUGUACAGAAAUGAGUUGUCGGGUUCAAAGUACGGCACAGAAGUUUCCAUCAUUCAUGAGGAGGAGCCCCACUUCAACACACACAUGCCAUCCAUACGUGUGUGUACACUGUGUGUGUUGUGCAGGCAGAGUCUAGAUCAGUGGUGACGUGAGAUUAAACAUCUGCUUCCUGUUCUGUGGGAUUUCCACUAAACUGUUAACUAUUCUCUUCUGAGCACCGGGGUCUGACAGGUCAUAUUCAUGCACGCUUAUGGAAAAUGGGUUUGCAUAUAGCUGAAGGUGCUUGACACUACAUGCUAACAUUCACUUAUUGAAAGACAUUAAUUCACUGUGGCAGAGGGCGCCAAACAAGGUGCCGAGCUGCGCAUGAGGAUCUACUCCAAAUGAUAAUUCCCAUGUGGCCUCUGGUGGAUGGCGCCACAUGUGCAUGUGUGUUGUAUUCAGACAUGGAUAUCAUACCUUUGUCAAGUAGUCGGCUCAUUGCAUUUGAUCAGUUUUUCUUUAUCGCGGUAAAACUGAUGCCGUUGAAAUUGCAUGUAAAUAUAGACUUUUCUCGAGGACGGAACACAACAUGUUUUAGUGGCGCUCCUCCUGUGCUGUUGCACUCUGAGUGACAGGUCAGAGGUCGGGUCAUCCCCAUCCCUCAGUUACUGUCCUACUAGCUAGCAGCUAGCUGAUUUAAAGGGGGCUACACCACUGUGUCUCUCACUGAAUCUCUUCUGUGAUUGGAUCAUUCAUAUAAAUGUCAAAUUGCUCAAGGCAACCUGUUAGUUGCUAAGACUGGCAAGACAUGUUUUGUUUUUGUUUUAAGUAGGAACUGAGACAGUUGUUGAUAUAUAUUUAAACUAUUAUGCCUUUUCUAUUUUUAUAUAGGUUUUAUACUUCCCCUGUGUGUUGGGGAACUAUUUAUUGCCUUAAUUAUUUAUCUGAAUUGAAAUGAUUUUGAAAGACAAAUGUAAAGUCCAACAAUUCCAUUUGAUCUCCUGGUGUGUGUGUGUGUGUGUGUGUGUGUGUGUGUGUUUUGUUUAGUUUCCUUUGUGUGACGUGUACUUUGUGUCAUUGUGGCAUGGACUGUGUGUGUAGGAUCCAUCAGUGCUGCUACAGACUUCAUAGAACCCCCUCUCUGUCAUACAUGCCUUCAUCCAAAUAAAACAUUAAUUUUCCAAAAACAGAAAGCAUAAUUUAUUGUAAAAGUGAUUAGCUAGUAUCUAACCGUACUAUAACUAGUUUUGAAAGUCAUGUUUUGUGUACUUUGUCCCAUUUACUCACUAUUAUGUCAGCACUGCAACUUGUUUGGUAUAUUGUAUAUACUAUAUAUAGUAUACCAAAGCAUGAAUAUGUAUCAGGGACUUUGUAGUCACAGCUGAUCCAGAUGUUGUCAUUUAAGUCUCUCUCUCUCUCUCUCUCGUUUCAAAGUGACCUCCAGUCUGUAUUACAGUCGCUCUCCAUAUUUGAUUGACAGUGUAUAGGUGUCAUGCUGGCCUGUAGCAGCUGCUCCAGACCUGCAUGUUGUCACUGGUUCUGUGCACUCUUUUUAUUUCAGCUGUCCUGUGUUGUGAUCAUUCUUGGUUUCUUUUCCUAUCUGUGUUCCUUUGUGGUUUAACCUCAGUUUGUCUCCCUGUUGUUUGUCUUUUCGUUUGUUCUAGAUCUCUUCCUGUUUGCCCUAGCAUGUUGAUGUGGCAUCACAGUUCAUCGUCCAGUCCUUGUCUUCUGCGCUUCUCUGAUGCUCCCAAUUUCACCAUUGACUUUGCAUUAGUUACCAGGAGGUUUUGUUUAGUUGUUUCCCAUAAUUCCUCUGUGCUUGCAGCAGGGGCACUAGAGAGACUGCCCUUGGACAUGUUUGAAUGUUACAUUCAAAUUAUUACAAGAGAAGAGAGAACCUAUUUUUUUCUAGAACUUGCGUUUUUAUCUUGUGUGUGUGUGUGUGUGUGUGUAUCAUCCGUAGCCUGUUGACCACUACAAGCUGCUGCUGUGCUCUUUGUUUUUACAUAACUGCACUGAGAUUCUUGGCAAAAUGGCAUUUUAUUUGUGUUAAGUUAAAUGAUGAAUAAAUUGGUGCCACAUUUUUUUGCACAAUCA